GUUUGUAGGUAUGUACGGAGCCUUAUACAUUUUUUAACCGUUACAAAUACUGCGCGUUUUUAGCGCUAAAACUUAUGCCCUCAAUUGUCAAUUAAUACCUAAUUCAACGUUUUACCUCUCUUCUGUCUCCCACUCCACCGCAGUGACUACAGGCUCGCAGAUCUCCUAGGGCUACUCAUCAUCGGUACUUACAAUACCUACCUAAUACCUAGUAGUAAAUGACUUCAACUUCAAGUUCAUCUUCUGAAGUCACUUGCUUAGGCACAGUGGCUGCUUUGGCCUACUCUUUCCGUCUUGGAUGACUCCACUAUCUUGACGUCUCUCGAAGCCGAUGUCGAUAAUAAUUGGUCGUAUUUCAUUUACAUACUACCUACCAUUAUCGCAAUUCAUCUCAUCAUAUUUUAUAACCGGGACAGCCGAUAGUCAAGAUGCAGUACCUUGAUCCGUUAUCGCCUCCCCCAAACGUCUCUCAUCCAGGAGUCAUGGCUACUAAUAUUACUGAAAAAUUUGCGUCUGCCGUAAAAACUUUGGCACCUGGCGAGCUUGUUAAAGAUGAUCACUUCACGCUUUUCGAGUCUGUCGCAGCUCUCGAGGUCAUGGACCCAAAAAUGGAUAGCGGCGUGCUGGCAGAAGGGGAAUCUUUAGACCAGGAAUAUGACGUCUCUCGCGAUCUGCUGCCAGAGGAAAUUCUCGGCAUUAUUGACCAGCUGCUCUGCCUCGAAAUGGCCUGGCAUCAAGGCUAUCCUCUUUCACAAACUCUCUUCACGAGCGUCUAUAUAGAGUCCCUUAUGAAACCUCGUCCAACUAAUAUAGACGAGGCUGAUUUUAUAAGAGAUAGCCAAAGUCGUGAGAGACAGCCAAAGUUUCUCUUUAUCCUACGCGCGUAUUGCCUUGGACUUCUCAAGGCGUGCUGCUUUGUCAACGAGCUCGUCAAGGAGGAGCUUUAUUACGAAGAAGAGGACUUUGUGACCAACACUUAUGAUCGCAACCUGCUUUUUGACCUACCACUAGCAUCCAUCAACAGUUUACUGCUCAAGGCUCGCAGUGAUCUUCGCUUAGCUAGCAAUGAUAUUCCUAAGGAAAUAUCUGCUGCCCUCGAACUCCGCCUCGAGCUACGCAUCGCUUUUCUAAGAGCUAUCGAUCUUGCAAGUCUGCGAAGAAACAACCCAGAUUCGUUGAAGAUGCCAUGGACACAGAUGAGCGGCCUAAUAGAGCAUAUUAAGAGGCAGCACGAGUUGGGAAAGCCUGUCCCGGAGGCGUUCAGCACCAAGUUGCAGCGGCGGCUAGCUAGUACCAUGCCCCCACGCCCCAUGGUUCAGCCUAGUUUUGAGGAGAGUUAUGGCCAUUUUAAGCGACUUUUCGAAGAUGGCGUUGAUAUCAUGGACGUCUUAAAAUACACCGAACCGCAAAGUCUUUUGAAUUUCGUCCUAUUAUUCCAAGCGAGAAAACCCCAACCGUUGGUAUAUAUCAGAACAUUGCUUCAAAGUAUGAUCUGCAAAGACAUGAUCGUAUUAGGUAGCUAUAGUAUCCGUCAAAUACUCGAUCAUGACCUCUCUAUCGUUGUUCUUCCCUGCGCGCCCCAAAUAGAUCGCUCUUACGAUGCCAUCGAGGUACCAACCGACCCCCGACACCAAAUCUCAGCGCAGAUGGAGAUAUUCCGGCAACGAGCUGCUGAAUGCUACCUGGAAAUAUUUAGAAUAUUUUGUCAAAAUAGAUGCAGAGUUCGACGAACACUAUGUCAUAACAUUCAAGAAUGGGAGAUGUUGCAAGGGGAUGUUGAGGAGAUCGACCAGCUCCUACAGAACGUCCUCGACGAGAAACCCCUCACGAUCAGCGGAGGGGAUGUCAACUUCUCGCUCCCCCUUUCAUCGUGGGCGUACCUAUACAAGCUCAGACAGAUGGAGUGGAUAGUCCAGCUUGGGUUCGAGUUGGAAACUUACCAGACCGAUGAGCUUGCUGGCAUGUACUGGUACUUGAACUACCUGGCUAAGACGCGUGCGCAACACGGAGACCGAAUAAAAGCAUUCACAAUGCGUAGCUUAAACGAAGCACGCGAUGGUCUCGCCGGCUCUAGUGACCAGCUAUCACAAUACACAGCGGCUAAAGAUCGCGAAUAUAUGACUUCACUAGCGUAUCUGCGCGUCACUAUGCUCGAUGCAGCAUGCACGUGGGAAUUUGCCGAUGGCUUAUGCUGUCUAUAUACAGCCUUGCAACGGUUAAAUCUCAUCAGCCUCCCACAGCGCCCCUAUAGUUCUGACACUCUGCGUUACGACUUGCGUAUGAAACCCUUUAGGGGUAUUUCACUACCAGCCCUGCCGACAUUUGAUGAGUUUACACGUGCGACUCUACAGCCGGAGACGGCGACACACGACUUACUAAAGUACGCCGAGAAUGCUGUCGGAGGCGCACGUAAGGGAUACGAGGCCUUAAGUAGGAUGUCGGAAGCGCAGACGUUUAGCGCUAAUACUCAUGAUCGUUGGGUUGUUAACAUAAAGGAUUGCUUGAAAGCUGCGAUCGCCGCGGGUGUAGCGGUAUCAACACUUCAGCGAGCGUUAGAUCGGGCCAGGAGUAGAGAAGAUCAGGUUGCGUUAAAGUUGGGACUGAAAGUCGAAAUGCCAGAAACGGGUAAGGGAUACCAUGAUUGGUGGAUCGUUCCGAAGUUGAUUCCUACGGCAUGAUGUUUCUUUACCUACUAAUUUUAGAGGAUACAAUGGAGGCUACUUUCUUACGUACUAUGCCUGGUAUUAUGUAUCCGUCUAGAGAGAAGAUUCGGGACAUUUGAGUCAUACUACAGCCACUAGGAUGUAGGCAUUAAAAUUCCUUGUAGAGUCUGGGUUGCACAGGAUAUCAACUAGAGGAUAGGUAGGUAUAGGUUAAUCCAAUGUGCCAAUUUGACG